AUGGAAAGCAAUGUCAGCCCUUGUGACAACACCUCUGCACCAAAUUGGGACCACGUCCUGUUCAACCGUGCAAUGUUCGAAAGCGAAAGAAAGAAAAUAGACAGACAGGGAGAAAUAAAAUACAGAAAAGAGGAGAGAGAGAGAGAGAGAGAGAGAGAGAGAGAGAGAGAGAGAAAAAAAGAUAUAGCGAAAAUAGAUAAACAGAGAGAAAUACAAAUACAGAAAAGAAGGGGAGAGAGAGAGAGAGAGAGAGAGAGAGAG